GCUUCAAACAAUCCAGGUUUCACAAUGGGCUCCAUCAGUGCAGCAAAUGCGGAAUUUUGUUUUGAUGUAUACAAAGAGCUGACGGUUCACCAUGCCAAUGACAACAUCAUCUUUUCCUCCCUGAGUCUGAUUUCAACCCUGUCCAUGCUGUAUCUGGGAGCAAGAGGUAACACUCAAUCUCAGAUGGAGAAGGUUCUUCACUUUGAUAAUGUUACAGGAGAUAGAGACAGUACUGACUCCCAGUGUGGCCCUUCUGAACACAUCCACGGUACAUUGAAGGAUCUUCUCUUAGACGUCACCAGGCAAAAUGCUACAUACUCUCUCAGGAUUGCUGACAGAAUCUAUAUUGACAAAACAUACCCUGUUCUUCAGGAAUACUUAAAGUGUGCAAAGAAAUUCUACAAAGCAGAGUUGGAAGAAGUUAACUUCAAAACAGCUGCAGAGGAAGCAAGACAGCUCAUUAACUCCUGGGUGGAGAAAGAGACAAAUGGACGGAUUCAAGAUUUGAUUGUGCCAGACGCUGUUGGUCUCGAUACUGCGCUGGUCUUUGUGAAUGCCAUUUACUUCAAAGGGAUCUGGAAAACCGCGUUUAGAGAAGAAGACACUCGGGAAGUGCCCUUCAAUGUGACAGAGCAAGAGAGCAGACCUGUGCAAAUGAUGUUUCAGAAUGGUACCUUCAAAGUGGGAAGAGUGGCUGCAGAGAAAAUGAAGAUCCUGGAGCUUCCAUAUGCCAGCGGAGAGCUGAGCCUGUUGGUGCUGUUGCCUGAUGACAUCUCUGGUUUGGAACAGCUCGAGAACAAAAUCAGCUAUGAAAGACUCAUGAAGUGGACCAGUCCCAGUGUGAUGGAGCAGAAGAGGGUGAAAGUGUACCUCCCACGCAUGAAGGUUGAGAAAAAAUAUAACCUCACAUCUGUCUUAACAGCCUUGGGUAUGACCGACCUGUUCAGCCCCUCGGCCAAUCUCUCUGGCAUCUCUUCAGCAGAGAGCCUGAAGGUAUCUGAGGCCGUCCAUGAGGCGUACAUGGAAGUCACUGAGGAGGGCACUGAGGUGACUGGCUCAGCUGUUGUGAAAGGAGAUAUUCAAGAAUCCUCUGAGUUUGAAGAGUUUAGGGCUGACCACCCAUUCCUUUUCUUGAUCAGACACAAUCCAAGCGACCUGAUCCUCUUCUUUGGUAGAUAUUGUUCUCCUUAAAGAGAAAAAGAGCUGGAAAUAAUGCUUGCCUUCCCCUCAGAAACAACCCCCCUUUACUCUAGUAUUGUAGUAUAAUCUCAUCUCUGCACUACUUUCUCUAAGUGGAAAGCUUUCAAUAUCUAGUAAGAUAUUCUGGAAGAAGUGUGUGACUUUUCAGAUCUUUAGGUGCAGGUAUUUCUGCUUACACAAGUUAUACUCAGGAUUUAUGUCCAGGAUUAAGCAAGAAUUUUGUGAGGUAGCUUAAAAGUAUUUCCUAUUGUCAUUGAAUAACUCGAGAGACAGGGCUAGUGUUUUGAUUUUUGUGAAAAUAUCUGACACUGAUAUUGAGAAUCUGGUUUUCCUAUAGGAGUUCUCCAAAAUAAACACAGCUUUCAGAAUAAUCUUGUUCCUUUCUGUUGAACUUGUUGAACUGAUGCCUGGACAACUUGCAGAUGAAAUUCUUAACUUCAGCAAAGCAUUCUUCUUCCAGGAAUGCAUUUGUGCUAAUUUGUGCUGCAUGUACUGUAAAGAUAGGUGUCUUGUUCUGAGAGAGUAUACAGAAAGUUUACCAUUUCUUCAUAAAUCAUCAAAUUCAAAUACAACAUCUUCCUGACUUUUUUUUCCCAUCUUCAUUCCUGUGACAUGUCAUUGAUUUUGUGAAUGUUAAUUCAUGGUCCUUCUAUUUAUUCUAAUAAAAGCAUU